AAACCUUAUUAAACAAUGUCAACAAACAGCAGAUCACACAUAAACUCAAAAUAAUGACAGCUGUCAUUCCCACAGCAGCAGCAGCAGCAAAAAAAAAGUAGGAAAAUAAAAAAACAGACCAAAAAAGUUUCACCCGAAAAAUUCAAAAAAACAUUUACGCAACCAAAAUCUAAAUCAAAUGCUUAUCCAGCGGUAAUGCAAUCCCCAAUAAUGGCAAGUUUCGGUCGUUUCGGGCCCCUCUUAGGAGUUGUUUCCGUCGCGAAUAAUAUUUGUAAAUUUCUUGUUUAUUCCUCACGAAACGCCGAAGUCCUUACAUUUCAUGAACUUAAAUUAAAGCAGUUCUCCCCAAAUCCCGGGUGGAUAGAGUAUGAUCCCAUAGACAUAUGGAAAUGCACCCAACAAUGCAUCGAGACUGCGUGCCAGAACUUAUUAAUUUUGGAAAUAAACCCUCAGGAUAUAGCGGCAUUAGGAGUAUGUACACAGCGUGGAACAACUCUGCUUUGGGACAAAAUUACUGGAAUUCCAUUACAUAAUGCCAUCGGUUGGGCAGACAACAGGACAUCGACGACAUUGAAAUCGAUUCUCCAUAACAUUAAAGGCAAUGUCAAUUAUCUGAAAUCUGUGUGUGGCUUGCCUCUGAGUACGUGUUUUAGUUCCUUGAAGAUAAAAUGGUUAAUGCAAAAUUUACCAUCAGUUAAUGAAAGCAUCGAAGGGAAAAGAUGUUUGUUUGGAAAUUUAGAUUCAUGGAUAAUAUGGAAUCUUAGUGGAGGUGUAAAUAGUGGAAUUCAUGUAACAGAUGUUACAAAUGCCAACUACACCAUGUUGAUGAAUGUACAAACUUUAAAAUGGGAACCAAAGUUAUGUGAGUUCUUUCAAAUUCCAAUGACAAUUCUACCAGAAAUUCGUUCAAAUUCUGAGACGUAUGGUUUUGUUGUUGAUGGAGCUCUAAAUGGAUUACCUAUUGCAAGUUGUAUGGGCGAUCAACCAGCAGCUCUUCUCGGGCAACUGUGCACCAAAGUGGGCCAAUGUGUUUGCUCAAUAGACGACAGUUGUUUUGUACUUCUCAACACAGGCCGAGAAAUUAUCGACUCUAACAAUGGUCUCCUAAGUAGUGUAGCAUUUAAACUAGGUCCCAAUGAACACACCAUCUAUGCCCUAGAAGGAGCCGUCUCCAAUGCCGGUUCUACAGUUACCUGGCUACAAGAUCAACUUCGAAUAAAUACCGAAAUCAAUCAAAAUGGAAAUGUUGCUGAGGUUUUGAGUAAUUUUCUAGGGGAAUCUUCAAUGAUAUCAUCAUCGUCGUCGACAAUGUUAAAUAGUCUAAAUGAAAACGGAACAACUGCCAAACGUAGUGAGAUUAUAUUUGUGCCAGCAUUCAACGGUCUAUAUGCGCCAUAUUGGCGUUAUGAUGCUAGAGGCAUAAUAUUAGGAUUAAAUAGUCAUACAACUGCUGAGAAUAUUACCCAAGCAGCUUACGAAUCAACUGGUUUUCAGGUUCAUGAAAUUUUAGAAUCAUUCCGAAAAGAUACACCAACAUGGCAUCUAUCGCCGAAAUUAAUUGUUGGAGGUGAAUUUGCAGAGAAUAAUCAUUUUAUGCAAUUUAUGGCCGAUAUUAUUGGAAAUGCCUUGGAGCGACCACAAACUACCUCAUCCUCAUGCCUAGGAACAAUGAUUGCAGCUGGGAUUACAAUGAAGAUUAUCUGUUUGGAUAAUGCGCGAAACAUGUUUACGCCUCCCUAUGAUGUUUUUGUUCCAACAACAGCACCAAAUCGUCGAGAACUUCUAUAUUGUCGGUGGAAUUAUGCUGUUAAGAAAUGUCUCAAUUGGAACAAUUUUGAAACAUACGAAACAGACAUGGAAUUAUUCAGACAACGAGAACGGGAUCCAAAUCUACCAAUAAGACGUUCUAUUCCGGGAAGCAUUUUUCUGACUACAUCAUUCAUUCUACUCAUCCUUGCUAAGUUCUUAAAAAAUACUUAAAUCUUCUUCCGAGUUUUCAAAAUCGAAAUAAGGUGAUAUGAAUAUAGUAUAUAUCAAAAUAUGUACGGGAGGUGUACUGGUCUGGUCUAACGAUAAUUGAUUCGUACAAAUUUUGAAGGAAAAAAAGUGUUGUGCCAGUGUAAAAGUCUAGUCAAAAAACGUAGUGGGAAUUUUUAAAAAAUAUUACAUAAAUAGCAUUUAUUAUAUUUUUUAUUUACCUUAACUUUUUGAUCAAAUUAAACAUGAUAUUAUAUUACGAAGUAUGUAGUACAAAAUUAUUGAAUUUAGCAAAACAAACAAAUCUAAAUUGAAACCCCUCUACUUUUAUAGCAUGAAAAAAUGGAUUUUUUUGAUGGCAUCUUAUGAAAAAGAAAAGAAAAGAAA